GUGCCCGCCAGGGGGCGCCCUCGCACCGGGCGUGUCCGCUGGAGCGGGCCCGGAAGCGUCCCGGGGACGGCGGGGGGUGAGGGCCGGGCUCGGCCGGGGCCAUGGGCGCCUUCCUCCUCCUCCUCCUCCUCUUCCUGCCCUGGGCCGCCGGUGGCGCGGCGGUGUGCGGCCACUGCCCAGGACCGGUGCAGAACAGCUCCAUAGUGGCCCAGUACUGCGCGUCCCGGGCUGGCACCGAGAGCGAGGGACGCUGCUGCUGGGAACGGGGCGCUCGCCCGGAGCGCCUGCUCGGGCUGGACCUGAGUGACUGCUCCCUGCGCAGCCUUCCCCCGGGGCUGGCUGAGGCUGCAGCCGCCAUUGUCCUGGACCUGACAGAGAACCCCCUGACGGCCCUUCCGAAUGGCUCCUUCCUGGGCUUCACCCACCUGGAACGCCUCGCGGUGCCACUGGCACUGGAUUGCCCAGGUGGGAGUAGCGCCUGGGAGGAGGUGACGACACAUGGCAGCAGCCGGCUUUGUCAGGGCCAGAGGAACCCCUGCAACAGCUCCAGGGAGCUCGACUGGCCAUGCCCUGACAAUGCUGCCUGUGCCCCAGAUGGCCCUGGUCUCAUCCAGUGCCUCUGUGACAGACCCUUCCACGGCUACAAGUGCCUGCGUGAGGGCACGUUCCCCACACUGCUCUUCUGUGGAAUUCUGGGAGCCGCCACCCUGUCCCUGUCCCUCCUGCUGUGGCGAACCCAGCGAUGGAAAGCCAAGACCCCCUGAAGCAGACAGGAGGAUCAACGGUGCUGCUGAAGCCAGGGGCCGGGCCAGGCCGAGGGACUCUGUGUCUUGGGGGACUGCGUGCCCCGGGGCUGGGCUUGUAACUCGGUGGCUGGGGGUGAAUAAACUCCAUAGCAGCCUC